AUGCAGCCUACUCUUUCUUCCGACCUAAAGCUCACCGACCAGCACCAAUCCUCUGACGAGGACGACCUCUAUAGCUGCCUCAAGUCCCUGCAGCGCCAACUGGAGUUCAUCGACAUCCAAGAGGAGUACGUUAGGAUUCUCAGCACUAUUAAUCGAGAGCAUCUGAAGCCCUCCACCUGCGUAGCCUUGCAUCUCCACUCCAACGCCCUCGUCGACGUUCUGCCGCCGGAGGCCGACUCUAGUAUUUCGUUGCUCAGCCAGAGUGAGAAGCCCGACGUCACUUAUAACAUAAGCCACGAUAUCGGGGGAUGCGACAUUCAAAAGCAAGAAAUCCGUGAAGCAGUGGAACUUCCACUUACACACCAUGACUUAUACAAACAGAUUGGAAUAGAUCCUCCACGUGGUGUAUUGCUGUAUGGCCCACCUGGAACUGGUAAAACCAUGCUAGCUAAGGCUGUUGCCAAUCAUACAACUGCUGCCUUCAUUAGAGUUGUUGGUUCAGAAUUUGUUCAGAAGUAUUUGGGUGAGGGUCCACGAAUGGUCCAUGAUGUUUUCCGUCUCGCCAAGGAGAAUGCACCUGCCAUCAUCUUUAUUGAUGAGGUGGAUGCUAUUGCUACUACAAGGUUUGAUCCUCAAACUGGAGCUGAUAAAAAAGUUCAACAAAUUCUUAUGAAGCUCCUCAAUCAGGUAGUUCCAGGAAGAUUUUAUAUUGAAGAACAGAAAUAUUUCUGCUAAAGAAAGAAUAAACAUUUUGAUUGUUUAAAUAUACAAAUAUAUUUGAACUGGGACAUGCAAAUGCAUCGUUUGGAGUAUAUAUAUUCUUUAAAGAAGCAAGCACCAGAGGGAUCCUUUUUCUGAAGAAGCCCCAUGCCUGAGUCUCUCUCAAGCUCC